AUGGAGGGCGACCUGUCCCCCCUGCCCGCCGACCGCGAGCACUACACCCGCAUCCUGUUCCUGCCGCCCGCGCUCACGAACCGCCACGACGACCCGGCGGCCAGCAGCCCGAGGCGGAGCGCCUCCGGGCGCAGCCAGACGCCCGGGAGGACGCCCGCCAGGAUGCCGCCGCCGCCGCCCAGGAACAGCAUCUUCGAUGAGCCGGGCACGUCCGCGGGGGAGUGGUUAAAUUCUCGCCCCGACAGCCCCACAAAGACCGCUGCCUUCCCAUCUCCAAGUCCUUCAUAUGCGAAUGGGCACCCAAGGACGCCAGGUCUCGUCACUGGAGACACUCAUCCAGGAGUGUACAGUAGUCUGCAGAUCGAAGAUGAGUGGGUCACUGUGUUUGGAAUCACGCAGAAUGACAGAGACCUCAUACUGAAAGAAUUCUACAGUUGUGGGGAAAUUGAGACGUCAGGAACAUUUGGCGGCCCUUCGACGUCGAAUUGGGUUAACAUCAAAUACAAGACCAGAGAUGGUGCACUGCGGGCGCUGAACCGCCACGGCGACCUCAUCGAUGGGCGCCUGAUCGUUGGCGUCAUGCCCCUGUCAGCCAAGGACCGUGCUGUCAUUGAACGGGAGCUGAGCUACACUCGGGAACACAUGCCCACGCCCUCGGACCUUGGGGAUGCGUGGACGCCCCAGGCGGGGGUGGUGACUGGCCCUGCAGGUGGCACCCCCUACCCCUGGCACAGGCCGACCAUCCCUGUGGUGUACAGCGAGACGCCAGCCAGGGAGGCACGGGUUGAUCGGCCUCCAAGCCCCGUGACGCGCACGCCGCUGCAGCAGACUGAAGGCAUGCCCACUCCAGUCAAGGGGUGGCUUUCUCCCUUCAAGGAGUUCAUAAUGGGGACGUAG